CAGCAGCAACAUCAGCAGCAGCAUCAGUACAACACUUUGCAGUACGGGCGUGGCUGCACAGCCCCGCCCCCUCUUACAGCUCCACAUAAUCGCAGCAUGGACCAGCUCGAGUCCAGCUCCGAUCAGAUACAAUAUAAUCUAAGCAAUUGCUUUCCCAAAAGCUACACCGAGUACUACCAGCAACAUCAUCAGCAACAGCAGCAAUCACAGCAGCAGCAGCAACAUCAGCAGCAACCCUCGCAGCAACAGUCGCAAAAGUUUCACACGAACUCCGCAUCGAAUGCCCAACUGCUGAAUGCCAUCGAGCACGACUAUCAGCCCACCUAUGCGGUGGUUGAGCGUGUGCCACCGCCACCGCCGGCGCCUAGCUCAGCGCUGCUCAACACGAACCCCUUCCUCGCCGCSAGCAACUUUAAGAAAUACGAUGCGGCCGGGGACGAGCUGCUGGGCAGCAUGCAGCGCAGCAAGCGCGGCAAGGUGGGCAGCCUGCUGGAUCGCAUCGAUGUGGACAAGAAAUUCUACUCACUGAAGUUUCCCAAUGGCGGCAACAAGCUGAAGAAGCCCGCCUACAAUCUGAACAGCUCGCUGGGCGUGGCAGCAACAUCGACAGCGCAACAGCCGAAAUGCAAGCGGCAUCAUUCCUUUGCUGGUGGUAGCCAUGGCGAUAUUGAAUCCAACGGCAAGCCCCUGCGCCUCUAUGAUCCGCCCGUCUACGAGAAUGUGGCGGACAAGUGCGGCAACGAGCUAGACCUGGAUCUAGAUCUCGAUGUGGGCGGUGACGGCAGCAGCAGCAGCAUGCCGGCUGGCCAUCACACACUCAACAUGAAUCACCAUAGUCUUAAGCACAAUCUCAGUCUGGCCACGGUGCAGCUGCACUCGCAGCCGRCUGCUGUCGUCUCGGCGAGCCACAAGAAGAAACAUCACCAUCGCCAGCACCAGCAAAAGGCUGAUGCAUCCGGCGCCGGUGCUGCUGAUUUCCAGCUGAUGGAGCCCGAACGCCUCAGCAUCUAUCGCAGCGAUUCGGGCAUAUCGAAUAGCUCCUAUGAGUCGCAGCUGCCGGCGCUGGGCCAGCGCACGCCCAAGCCGCACAAAGCGUCCGCAGCGGGCCUCAAUCUCACACGCAAGCCGCUCUACAUGAAUGUGGAGGGCCAGCAGCAGCAGCACCAGCAGCAGCAGCAGCAAUUGGCACGUGCCGGCUCACCAGCCCAUAUUAAUUCGUCCUAUGAAUCGGCCUCGUCGGCGCCCGUCACAGAUCCCACCUCGCUCAGCUCAUCCAAUUCGCUUUAUAGCAGCGGCAUUGGCACCGUGAGCUCACGCUGCAAUCGCCAUCCACAACAGCAGCAGCAACAGCAACAGCAGCAGCAGCAGCAUCAUCAGAGGCAGCCAACGCCGGAAAUCACAACACCCGAGGAUUACGAACAAUAUCAGCUGGGCCAUCAGCCAGCACAUUCCGCUUCCAUGCUGUCCGUUGCCAGCAGCCUAAGUGCCGCCAGUCGUGGCAAGUGCAAGCCCCCCAGCACACCAGCAGCAGCAGCAGCAGCAUCAGCGACAGCAGCAGCAACAAUGCAACAGCUGCCACAUCGAGUAGGUCCACAUGAGGUGCGUACAUUAGAUUUCGCUUAGGUUCCAGCCAGCCAUGCUGCGUCGCCCAUUAUCCCAGCGGCAGCAUGAGCCGUGCCCUGGGCUAUAUUUCACGCACUGGCUUCAAGCAGGUGCAACACUUUAAAUUUCGGGCUG